ACGACCUUGACACAGACAUCUGUCUACCUCUGAUUACUUUCCCUACCCGGCGUCGCGAACAUGGCGUCCAGUCCCAAAAGCCCCAAGAGCGACCAAGCGUCCAACCCACCAGCACCCGUCGCGCCUGGUCCCGGCCCAACACCGCUCACCGCCGAGGAACAAAACGCAGCUGGUCUUCUCCCAGCUUCGCAUUGGGCAGCUCAACCUCUCGAAGAAGAAGCUACAGUAGAUGAUGGUGCCUCUUCACUCGGCUCCUUCAUUUCGAGCUCCGCUUCCUUAAGCUCGACCAUCUUUCAGUACCGCACUAUCCAUGGAAGGACUUACCACGGUGAUGUUGGCAAUGCCGAGGCAUAUGAGCCCAAUGACCAACGUCACGUCGAGGCCAUGGAAAUUUUCCACCACGCCAUGAUGGUUCAGCUGGAUGGACAGCUCUACCUUUCACCACUUGAUAAGAAAAGUGAUUUUGCCGACGAAUACCCCAACGCGGAAGUCAUUGGCACCGACGUUUCCCCCAUCCAGCCUUCCUGGGUUCCUCCCAAUGUGAAGUUCGAAAUCGACGACUGCAAUUUAGACUGGACAUAUGCCGACGAUAGCUUCGAUUUCAUCCACAUGCGCAUGUUGGCAGGAGUUGUUACCGAUUGGGAUAAGCUCUUCCGUAAUGCGUUCCGGUGUUGUAAGCCGGGCGGUUAUGUAGAGAGCCUUGGCAGUGGUAUCCAUUUCUUGAGUGAUGAUGGAUCGGUUAAGGAAGGUACUGCUAUGCAUCAAUGGGGCAAGGUUUUUGGAGAGGCUGGCAAAAAACUGGGAAGGCCUUUUACUGUGUAUGAGGACGAUUUGCAACGGAAGGGUAUGGAAGCGGCCGGAUUCGUUGACAUUGAGUUUAAGGACAUUCAAUGUCCCAUGGGGGUCUGGCAUCCGGAUAAGAAAGCGGCAGAGAGGGGGCUCUGGUAUAAGAUAGCAGUUGAAGAAGACCUUGAGGGAUACAUAAACUACCUUCUCAAUCUCGUCAUGGGCUGGACUCCAGAGGAGACCAAGAGGUUUGCUGCCCACGCCAAGAAGGAGUGGAACGAUCCCAAGAUGCACGGCUAUUUCUGGCUGCGUGUGGUGUACGGCCGCAAGCCAGAAUAAAGUGGUGGAGGGGAUCGGAGCACAUCCCAAAAGAGUUCCCGACGACUACCAUUGGGAACCGAAGACACUGGGUUUAGUCCAGGAGAAGUCAGAGCGAGCAUCUUUUUCCUGUCAUGUUGGAUUCCGAUGGUUCGAUACAAUACCCAUCUAUACUGCGAUGACAACCGUAGGUCCGCACUAUCAAGCUGUACGCAUUUUACGAAUCACAUACACAAGACUCCUCAUCCCACGUUCAUGGUGAACCUUGUGUGGACUCUACUG